AUGGAACCUACGGCUGAAACUGCUACUGCGGGGGUUCAAGUCAAGGAUGAUCUUUCUGAAAAGUGUCAGAAACUAUUUAUCGAGUUUUUGGAGGAGUUUCAGAACCAAAAUGGGGAGUUAAUGUAUCUACCUGACGCCCAGGAACUCAUUCGACCCGAGAGAAACACUCUCACUGUGAGCUUCACCAACAUUGAGCACUAUAACCAGCAACUUGCAACUACGAUCCAGGAGGAGUUUUACCGGGUCUAUCCUUACCUCUGCCGAGCUGUGCGCCACUUCGCCCGCGACCAUGGCAAUAUCCCGUCAUCUAAGGAGUUCUACGUGGCCUUCUCAGAUUUCCCAACAAGACAAAAGAUCAGGGAGCUGUCAACGGCUCGAAUCGGGACACUGCUGCGCAUCAGCGGGCAGGUGGUUCGGACCCACCCCGUGCACCCAGAGCUGGUGAGCGGAACAUUCCUUUGCCUGGACUGCCAGUCCGUCAUCAAGGACGUGGAGCAGCAGUUUAAGUACACCCAGCCGGCCAUCUGCAAGAACCCCGUCUGCUCCAACCGCCGCCGCUUCAUGCUGGACACCAACAAGUCGCGCUUCGUGGACUUCCAGAAGGUGCGCAUCCAGGAGACGCAGGCGGAGCUGCCGCGGGGUGCUAUUCCCCGGAGCGUGGAGGUGAUCCUGCGGGCGGAGGCUGUGGAGGCGGCUCAGGCGGGGGACCGCUGCGACUUCACCGGCACUCUCAUCGUGGUGCCCGACGUCGCGGCUCUCGCCGUCGCAGGGACCCGGGCUGAGACCAGCAGCAGAGUGACGGGCCGGGAAGGGUUCGAGGCAGAUGGGGUUCAGGGGCUCCGAGCUCUGGGAGUGAGGGACCUAUCCUACAGGCUGGCCUUCCUGGCCUGUCAUGUGGCCCCCACUAACCCCCGGUUCGGUGGAAAGGAGCUCCGGCAGGAGGACCAGACGGCUGAGAGUGUGAAAAACCAGAUGACUGUUCAGGAGUGGGAGAAGGUCUUUGAGAUGAGUCAGGACAAGAACCUGUACCAUAACCUUUGCACCAGCCUCUUCCCUACCAUUCAUGGAAAUGAUGAGAUAAAGAGAGGAAUCCUCCUGAUGCUGUUUGGAGGCGUCGCCAAGACGACCAUGGAGGGCACUUCUCUGAGGGGGGACGUCAAUGUGUGCGUCGUGGGGGAUCCCAGCACCUCCAAGAGCCAGUUCCUCAAGCAUGUGGAGGACUUCGCCCCACGGGCGGUCUACACCAGCGGGAAGGCCAGCAGCGCGGCCGGGCUGACGGCUGCCGUGGUGAAGGAUGAGGAGUCGCACGAGUUCGUCAUCGAGGCUGGAGCCCUCAUGCUGGCUGAUAAUGGUGUGUGCUGCAUCGAUGAGUUUGAUAAGAUGGACCUGAAGGACCAGGUGGCCAUUCACGAGGCCAUGGAGCAGCAGACCAUUUCCAUCACCAAAGCUGGGGUCAAGGCCACGCUGAACGCCCGCACCUCCAUCCUGGCAGCUGCCAACCCAAUUGACGGCAGGUACAACCGGUCCAAGUCUCUGAAGCAGAAUGUGAACAUGUCCGCCCCCAUCAUGUCCCGGUUCGACCUCUUCUUCAUUUUGGUGGAUGAGUGUAAUGAGGUCACAGAUUAUGCAAUUGCCCGGCGUAUUGUGGACCUCCACUCAAGAAACGUUGAGUCUGUGGAGCGUGUCUACGCCACUGACGAGAUUCAGCGAUACAUACUCUUUGCUCGUCAGUUCCAGCCAAAAAUCACGCGGGAGGCGGAGGAGUUUGUGGUGGACCAGUACAAGCGCCUCCGGCAGAGGGACAGCAGCGGGGCCACGAAGUCGGCCUGGCGGAUCACCGUCCGGCAGCUGGAGAGCAUGAUCAGGCUGUCCGAGGCCAUGGCCCGAAUGUACUGCUCCGACGAGGUUCAACCCAAGCAUGUGAAGGAGGCGUUCCGGUUGCUGAAUAAAUCCAUCAUCCGCGUCGACUCCCCAGACAUCAACUUUGAUCAGGAGCAAGAGGACAACGAGGACCUCAAUGAUCAAAAUGGCGUACUGGGUGAUGAGAUGGAAACCAACGGAGCCAACGGCCAGGCAGGAGAGGCCGUGCAGGGGGACCAGCAGGCAGACGGACCGGCCAAACCCGCUGCAGCCGCCAAACCCACGCUGAAGAUGUCCUUUGGCGAGUACAAGAAGGUGUCCAACCUUCUUGUUCUGCACAUGCAGAAACUGGAGGACCUUGAUGAGGAGUGCUCACUAAAGAAGAGUGACCUAAUCAACUGGUACCUGAAAGAAAUGGAGAGUGAGAUUGAAUCGGAGUCUGAACUUAUCGCUAGGAAAACUCUUAUAGAGAAAGUCAUUCACCGACUAAUCCACUAUGACCAUAUCCUCAUUGAACUGACCCAAACCGGACUGAAGAAAAUUGCCGAUAUAGGAGAGGAGCCGAUCCCAGAGGAGGACCCGUUUAUAGUGGUCAAUCCAAACUACAUGCUUGAAGACUAA